ACUGUAACUGGGCCCAGACACCAGAGCUCGUCCUAGACCUGACAGCAGGACAGCCAGCCAGACGGCACAGAAUGGCACUGAGCACGCAGAUCCAGGCUACCUGCCUCCUGCUGCUCCUCCUGGCCAGCCUGACCAGCGCCUCAAUUCUCUCGCACCAGACAACACAGCUUGCAGACCUCCAGACCCAGGACACAGCUGGAGCCAAGGCUGGCUGGACGCCCGGGCUCCGGAGGCUGAGGCGGCGAGACGCCCACUUCCCCAUCUGCAUCUACUGUUGCGGCUGCUGUUACAAAUCGAGGUGUGGGCUCUGCUGCAAGACAUAGAGCCUCCCUGCUCCUCCUCUCUUUCCCUUAUUUAUUCCUGCCGCCUUCCAGCACUAAGUGAAUGGUCUUGGAAUAAAAUGGCUGGUUCUAGCUUUUGUUUUCCAAA